GGGACUAAUGGAGAAGGCGCUGGAUUCGAAAUUACUGCCGGGAGCUUAGUGCUAGGGAGAGCAGCGGGAGGCUCCCCCAGCCCUUGGGUUUGUUUGUUUGUUUGCUUUAACUUUGUUUGAAGGAAUUCGGGAACUUAGGGGCGGUGGUAGUGGUUAACUCCGGGCCAGGCUGGUAGAUGACAGAAGUGUGCCUUCCACAGCCGCGAAGAGGGGGUGUCUGGAUAACACCAGAUAAUCAACCAUCAGGAUGGGAGUGAAUGACUUAUGGCAAAUUCUAGAGCCUGUAAAGCAACAUAUCCACUUGCAAGAUCUUAGUGGGAAAACCAUUGCCGUUGAUUUGAGUCUCUGGGUAUGCGAGGCACAGACAGUGAAGAAAAUGAUAGGAACUGUCAAGAAGCCCCACCUCAGGAACCUAUUUUUUCGUAUUUCAUAUUUAACUCAAAUGAAUGUAAAACUGGUGUUUGUAAUGGAAGGGGAGCCACCAAUGCUGAAAGCUGAUGUCAUAAGCAAGAGGACUCAGACUCGUUACGGGCCUUCUGGAAAAUCAAGGUCUCAGAAAACAGGGAGAUCACAUUUUAAGUCAGUCUUACGAGAGUGCCUUGAAAUGCUCGAGUGCCUGGGAAUGCCCUGGGUCCAGGCCGCCGGGGAAGCUGAGGCCAUGUGUGCUUACCUUAAUGCCAGUGGCCAUGUGGAUGGCUGCCUCACCAACGACGGCGAUGCUUUCCUUUAUGGAGCCCAGACUGUUUACAGAAAUUUCACGAUGAACACAAAGGAUCCCCAUGUUGACUGUUACACGAUAUCAUCUAUCAAGAGUAAGCUAGGCUUGGAUCGAGACGCUCUGGUUGGACUGGCCGUACUUCUGGGUUGUGAUUACCUUCCAAAGGGAGUGCCUGGAGUUGGAAAGGAACAAGCAUUAAAACUUUUGCAGAUUUUCAAAGGUCAAAGUUUGCUUCAGAGGUUUAACCAGUGGAUUGAAGACCCUUGCUACUCUGUUCCACAAUCAGCACCAAAAAAAGUGGUUCACUGCUCUGUGUGUUCCCACCCAGGUUCGCCAAAGGAUCAUGAACGUAAUGGAUGCAUAUUAUGUAAAAGUGAUAAAUACUGUGAACCACAUGAUUAUGAUUACCUCUGCCCUUGUGAAUGGCAUCAGACAGACCAUAAUAGGCAUCUAAGUGAAAUAGAAAACAAUAUUAAAAAGAAAGCUUGCAGUUGCGAAGGAUUUCCAUUCCAUGAGGUCAUCCAAGAGUUCCUUUUGAAUAAGAAUAAAAUGUUGAAACCGAUCACAUACCAAAGACCUGAUUUAUUAUUGUUUCAGAGAUUUACUGUUCAAAAAAUGGAGUGGCCCAGUCACUAUGCAUGUGAAAAAUUGUUGGUGCUUUUGACCCGCUAUGACAUGAUAGAAAGAAAACAUGGUAGAAAGACCUCCAAUCAACUACAGCCAAUUAGAAUUGUUAAACCCCGAGUCAGAAAUGGAGUCCAUUGUCUUGAAAUAGAAUGGGAAAAGCCUGAACAUUAUGUGGUGGAAGAUGGAGACCCUGGAAAACUGAGCCUCCUUACAAUGGAAGAAGCGUCCCUGUUUGAAGCAGCCUAUCCUGAUGCUGUGGCUGUCUACCAGAAACAGCUGUCAGAGACCAAAGGAAGGAAACAGAAAAGUAUGAAAAAUAAGCCUAAAGGAAGCCAUUUACCGGAAGCAGAUGAUGUGAUCAAUUCUCAGUCACUUAUGACUUUAAAACCUACAUCUAAAGCCUUCCCCAAGCAAAAUCCCAAAAUUAAUUUGGAAAAUUCUCCAGAUCCUAUUUUAGCACAGGAAUCUACUUCCCCCUCAUUGAAUAGUUUUGUUUCCCCUGAAAAUGCUCCCUGUUUGAAUUUACAAGAACAGUUAGUGCCAUCUCCCAGAACUUUGGCUAUAAAGCAAAGUAAAGAUGUCAGUCAUUUUCUAGUUUCAGAAUGUAGUCAGCCCAGCUCUUCCUCCCAUGACAUCUCUGUGAUUACUGAUCUGCAGUUGAGUACCAUUGAUUGGGCGGGUACUUCUUUUAGUAAUUCUCCAGCAGUUCAAAGAAACACUUUCUCUCAAGACUUAGCAUCAGAAUCUGAGUCAUCGGCCAUCCUUCCUGACUUUGAACAGCUGUCAUAUGAAUCAGAACAAGGGACCUCAGACAGUGAAGGGUCCGGUAGAGACCUUCAGCAGAGCAACCCUGAAGAGCAGCUCCUUUCUGGCAUCAGUGCUUUACAUCUUCAUGAUUUGCCUCUAAAAGAAAGAAUACGUAUCAAAUCUUCAUGCCCUCAGUAUAAUGUAGGAGCAGAUGCUGGCCUGGAAAGUUUGCCCCUAAAAUUGAAAGGCUCUUGUAUUGCUUACAGUAGCUCUGAUGGCUCAUCCAAUUUUUCAAAGGAUCUUACAGGGGUAUAUCUUCACAAAGAGUCCAGAAACUCUAAAGUUCUAGACAGCCGACUCCAAGAAAACUGCGGGGCGAAUACUUCCUUACCUUAUUCUUUCAGUGACAAAGCAGUAAAGACUUCCAGUCUUCAAGUUGGGCUGCCAACUGCUGCUAUACCUCAUAAUCCAAGAGUUGCUGUGAAAACUACUAAGAACCUUGUCAUGAAGAAUAGUGUUUGCCUCGAGAGAGAUUCCUCAGAUGAAGACAAUGCUCCAGGGUCCUGGAAAUCAAAGUAUACUGCUCCAGAAAUGAAACACAGUUCUCAGAAGCACAGCCUAGUCCAUGUCAGAGACAGUACUCACAACAAACUCAGAAAUCCUAAAGUGGAAUCUAAAGAAACCAAACUGUGUAAUGAGUCUUUUAAAACAGCUGAAGAUGAAGAAAACGGGUUCUCAGAUCUAGGGAGAAGUCCUCAGAGUUUUCGACCAUGUCAUGACAAAGAUGAGAACUCUACUGCCUCCUGGGAAAAUCCUCUACCUUUACGCCAGAGGUUAAAACUCAGGUUCCAGAACACUCAAAGUGGAUUUUAUAAUACUUAAGUUUAAUGUGUUUGAAUGCUGAUAGUAUUAGCAGGAGCCAAGCAAACUGAUGUUUGGUAGAAAAUGUACAUGAGUAUCUGCUGUUUAAAUCAAAAUUGUAGUUUUAAAAUGUUAACAGCCAAGUAUGGCUAAUGCCUAUAAUCACAGCAUGUAAGAGGGCCAUGGAGUCCAGAGGAUCAUCCACCAGGAGUGCAGAAUCAUUCUCUGGUAUGGAGAGUGUCAGGCCAAUCUCAGUUAUCUAAGAAAGAAAAACAGUUAAAAGUUUGACUAUAAAAGAUGAGCAUCUGGUGACAGCUUCAAAUAAUAUAUUUUUAGAACAUUUUAUUAUUCUUGAAAUGUCUUUAUUAUUAUCUAGCUUUUUUUUGUUUGGUUGGUUUGGUUUGGUUUUGGUUUUGGUUUUUUGAAACAGGGUUUCUCUGUAUAGCCCUGGCUGUCCUGGAACUCACUUUGUAGACCAGGCUGGCCUUGAACUCAGAAAUCUGCCUGGCUCUGCCUCCCGAGUGCUGGGAUUAAAGGCGUGCACCACCACGCCCGGCCUUAUUAUUAUCUAGCUUUAACAUAUCGGUUUAUUCUUUGACUGAGUAAAUGCUUUAUCAUUUUUAGUUCUUGUAUGUCUAAAGCAUUUGUUUAUAUAUUAUGUUUUAUCCCCAAGAUGGCAACACUUUAUAAUAGUGUUGCAGUAUCUUUUGUGGGCCCUUCCUAAUGGCUGUAUUUCCCCUUCAUGUUAAAGAACCGUUAGCAUGCUCUUCCACUUUUAGUAAUACCAUGCUUGAGAAGUGAAAAUGGAAGCGGAUGAUGUGUGGUCAAGGGUGGUUGUGAACUCUGGAUAAGGAAAGUCACUCCUUAUAUACAUUCAGAAGUUCACGGGCACUGCAAGCAGGAAAUAUUUUAAAAAUCAGAUGUAAAAUCAAAAGGGAAUUGGAAGCUUCCUUGGGAAUCGCACAGUAAUAAUAGUAAUGGUGUGGAUCCCAUCUUUCUGGUUUGGUUCUUGAGCUUUUAUUUUUGUUUUGUUUGUAAUCUAUAGAAUUGUUCUCUUUUGCUUUAAAUUUUCAUUUGUAGGUAAUGUUGACUUUAAUUCCUACAAACCUUAAAUCUUAUAUAAAUUAUAAAAUGCCUAAAGGCAUCUAGGGUUUAAAAGAUAUAGAACAGCUGUUUGUGAAUGACUGGAUCCUGAAAGUAGAAGAUCAAAGGAAUCCAUCAAAAACUUAUUAAAAGCAAGCCAGGCGUGGCAACACACACCUUUAAUCCUAGCAUUUGGAAGGCAAAGGCAAGUGGAUCUCUGAAUUCAAGGCUGGCCUGGUAGAUAGAGCUAAUUCCAGGACAGCCAGGGCUACACAUAAUUCCCGUCUUAAAAAAAAAUCUUUUUAAACAAAAACAAAAACUAUCAAAAGUGAAGAGUAAGCUAGCAAGGUUAUAAAAUUCAAAAUUAGUUUCUACAUAGUUGUAGUUCUGUAUAAUCAGUGUAUGACAAUGAAAUUUCACCAAGUGAAUUAAAGUACUCUGUUUACAACAUCAAAAAAAAAAAAAAAAAAAAAAAGCCGGGCAGUGGUGGCGCACGCCUUUAAUCCCAGCACUUGGGAGGCAGAGGCAGGUGGAUUUCUGAGUUCGAGGCCAGCCUGGUCUACAAAGUGAGUUCCAGGACAGCCCGGGCUACACAGAGAAACCCUGUCUCGAAACAAAACAAAACAAAACAAAACAAAACAAACAAACAAAAAACAUAGCAAAACUUAGUUACCAGUGAAAAACAAUGGAUGAAAAUAAAGUAUAAAUAAAAAGAGGCAUCCCAGAUUCAUGGAUCAGAAGACUUAACUUGGUAGUACUGUUAAACUGGCGAGUUUAACUACCAGCACUUGGAAGGUAGAGGUAGGCGAAUUGCUUGUGUUAGAGGCCAGCCUGGUCUACAGAUCAAGUUCCAGAACAGCCAAGGCUAUACAGAAAAACCCUAUCUCAAAAAACUAACCAAUCAAGAGAAAAAUAGACAACUGUUUGGUUUCAAUCCAGUCCCUUCAAUAUCAUGUUUGUUUGCUUCCAUACCCCCACCCCCAGAACAUGACAAGCUGAUUUCAUUGUUCAGAUAGAAAUUUAACAAAAUAACACAUCUUGGGAAAAUCGGAGAAUUCACACUUCCUUAUUCCUGAUUACUACAAGGUUGUAUAAAUUAAAUAUGUUAUACUGAUAUAAGGGUAGAUAUGUAGAUAAGUGAGUUGGACAGAAUCUAGUCUAGAAAUGUACCCUCAUAUUUAUGGUCAAUUGCAUUUUUAGCCAGUAUGAAGACAGCAAUGGGAAAACAAGUCUCAAUAAAUGCUUCUGGAACUUU